UAUUUUUUUUUCACUCCCUACUCUUUUGAAUCAUGUCAACACUUGGACGUACACUCAAGAACUUUAUGAAGAUUGGACCUUCAAAUUACAUUAAGCAAAUGGACACCAUUGGUGAUACUAAAUGGGGUCGUCUUGUUGGUACUGAUGUUAAUGGCAACAAGUAUUUCGAAAACAAAGAUGAAAUUUCCGGUCGUGAACGUUGGGUUGAAUUUGCUAGUAAGCAAAAUGACGGUGCUGAUAUUACUCCUGAAUGGCACAUGUGGUUAGCUCGUAUUGUUCAAGAACCUCCUACUGAAAUGAACAUUCAGCCUCAAAAGUGGUGGGGUGAACCUACUCCCAACUAUUCUGGUACUCUCAAGAGCUUCAAGACUUACAACACCACCACUCCCAAAUCCUAUAUGCGCAUUGUCAAUGAAUGGCCAGUAGAUAAAGUUAGACCUACAAGGGGUAUGAAACAAGUCUUGGAAAAAAGAGUGGAAGAAGCAUUCAGAGCUCCUUCUGUUGAAUUUAUGAAUCUCGAAAAAGCCCAUCAAGAAUUAAAAGCACUCGAAAGUUUAUUAGACAAUACAUUUAAAGAGAAGUAUCCUAUUUCAGAUAAAAUAUUGACACCAGCAAGCAAUCCUAAUUAUUAUUCGAAAUUGAUGUCAUCCCUGGAAGCAAGCAAGGAUAGUCAAAAGAGCACUUUGGCCAAGCUAUUUGGAAAAUAA